GGUUGCUGAAAUAUUACAUUGUGAUUGCGAUCUGCAGUAGAUUUAUCUAGCUGAUAUAGGCGGUGACGAACUGUGUUGGUCGGAAUGCUGGAGCAGAUAAGGCAACAGCACCCUCCUCAACUGACUUACUCUGAUGAGGAGCAAAUGGCAAUGGUUCCUGCGGUGUUUGACGCGAUAUUCGGGGUGAUGGCGAUGUUCUGCUUCCUGAUCGGGUGUUUAGGGAACGCGGUGUCCCUGGUCUACUUUCUGAAGUGUAAAGGAAAGCUGUUCAGGAUCACUCAGAUCCUCUACACCUACAUUGCCACAGUUGACCUACUAACGAGUAUCAUGAUGCUGCCAAUAGCCGCCUCCAGUCUCUCACAACGGAAACCUCUCCUCUACUCCAACUCUGUCUUCUGCAACAUACACGGCUUCCUGUGGAACAUCACCAGUCGGCUCAGUAUCUUCCUAGUGAUGAUCCUGAGUCUGACCCGGACUGCCUUCCUCACCAUGCCCUUCAAGAAGAUGAACAAACGAGCUGUACUGCUCUCUAUAGUCGUCUACUGUGUUAUACAGAUGGUGCAAGCUGCAAUUCCCUACAUGGCGCACGUGGUUUACUCCUACGAGGUGUACCACGUGAGAUGCACGUGGUACAUAUUCGACGUGACACCCAGCCUGACCAUCUCUCACCUCCUCCACGUGCUCCUGGUGGUGAUCCCUAUACUCCUCCCCAUCUUCCCCGUCAUGAUCUCCUGCAUCAUCUCCACACGGGCCAUGUUCAUGACGGUCAAAUCCCCCGCCGCACUCACCUCUCGCAACAACACCGUCCGGGGGAAACACAAGAGAAAAGCCACCGUCACCAUCAUCGCCAUCACCGUGGUGUACGUGGUUUUCAAUCUGCCGCCAAGCCUCACUGCUAUUGUCAUGCUGGUGGAUGAAAACCUCAUGAACUGGGACAGGUUUUACUUCUUCAGCAACUUCCAGGAGGUCCACUGCGUGGCCCUCAACGCCUGUCUCAACCCCAUCAUUUAUCUUAUCACGAUGAAUCAGAUGAAACUGUUUCUCAUCAGUGGCUUCGGAACCGCCAAAAAUCACAUCUCCGCCUACGUCAGCUCGGCCCUUCAUGAGAAUCAUCACAAUCCGAAUAAGAUUCCUCGUUCUAGGAUUCAGCUGGAUAACGAGGAGCAAAAUCAAAUGCAGGUGGAGGACCCAAGGAAAUCUUUUCCUUGAACUAUGAAAUUUCAAUAAUUUCGUGCCGUGCCCACAUUUGAGGGGUGAUAAAUUAGUAUCAAACAGAAUUCGCUUUCUGUAGUAAGCGACAGGACUAAACUAAAUCAGUGGUAAACUUUAGAGAUUCUGCUUAUACUAUUGCCAAUAGUAUUGGUUAUGAUGUAGAACAAUUUUAUUACGAGACAAGUUUAUUCUAAACUUGUGCUUAACGUUUGGAAACUCUGGAACCUAGGAUCAGUAAGCACCAGUAGUGACCCUAUUUCUGUUUUUAUUGUGUAAAUUCGUCGUUAUUAAGUGUAUCAAUAAUCAAUAUCUGUGGUAUGUAUAACGGAGUGUUUAUUAUCAAAAGCUCGCGAUUUGGUAAAAAUUGGCACAGCAAUGACGAGAUGUUUCAACCUUCGGUUAGACCACAUGGGCGGCCCUGUAGUCAACACUGUGUCCAUCGUGAAACAUCUACAAGCGAGAUGAAAUAAAUUUGAUAAUAUUUGUUAAGGAAUGUUUCAAUUCCCUGGUUUUGUUUAUUCAAUGUUUAAAUUUGUUCAAUGUUUAUUCAAUGUUUAUAAAAUAAAUUAUUUGUAUAAUAUUCAUGGCUGUAAAGGUGUAUUUAUGUUAUAAAAAUUUGUUCAUUUCAUUC